AUGGGACUCUGUCAUGGAAAACCCACAGAAAACCCAAAAGCCCAAUCGCAAGAUUCCACAAUUCCCAGUGAAAGUGAGCCUUAUGCACUCAAUUCCCACUCCACCAAAUCCUCAAACUUUCCCUUUUACAGCCCAAGUCCAUUGCCAAGUCUCUUCAAGAACUCCCCUGCCAACUCCAGCGUGAGUUCGACGCCUCUGCGCAUUUUUAAGCGACCUUUCCCGCCUCCCUCUCCGGCGAAACACAUUCGGGCAUUGCUUGCACGCAGGCAUGGCUCUGUUAAGCCCAAUGAAGCCUCAAUCCCUGAAGGAAGUGAGUGUGACGUUGCCUUGGAUAAGAAUUUCGGGUUUUCUAAACAGUUUGUAGCUCAUUAUGAGCUUGGCGAUGAAGUGGGGCGUGGGCAUUUUGGGUAUACUUGCUCUGCCAAGGCCAAGAAGGGGAGCUUGAAGGGCCAGGAUGUGGCUGUCAAGGUUAUUCCAAAGUCAAAGAUGACAACGGCAAUUGCUAUAGAGGAUGUAAGAAGAGAAGUGAAGAUCCUACGGGCACUAACACAUAAGAACCUAGUGCAGUUCUAUGAAGCCUAUGAAGAUGAUGACAAUGUUUAUGUGGUGAUGGAGUUGUGCAAAGGAGGUGAACUAUUGGAUAGCAUACUUUCAAGGGGUGGCAAAUAUUCAGAAGAUGAUGCAAAGGCUGUUAUGGUUCAGAUUUUAAGUGUAACUGCCUACUGCCAUCUCCAAGGCGUGGUUCACCGCGAUCUCAAGCCAGAGAAUUUCCUUUUCACUUCAAGUGAUGAGAAGUCCCCCCUGAAGGCCAUUGAUUUCGGACUCUCUGACUAUGUAAAACCAGAUGAGAGACUGAAUGAUAUUGUAGGAAGUGCAUACUAUGUAGCUCCUGAAGUUCUACACAGGUCAUAUGGGACAGAGGCAGACAUGUGGAGUAUUGGUGUAAUUGCUUAUAUCCUUUUGUGUGGAAGCCGACCCUUUUGGGCCCGGACUGAGUCUGGCAUCUUCCGAGCUGUACUAAAGGCUGAUCCAAGCUUUGAUGAAGCUCCUUGGCCUUCUCUAUCAUCUGAUGCGAGAGAUUUUGUAAAGAGACUGCUGAACAAGGAUUACCGUAAGAGGCUAACCGCGUCUCAGGCUUUGUGUCACCCAUGGUUAGCCAACUGUCACGAGACUCUUGCAAAGACAUUAAGUGUAGCACAGCUGGCUUAUCUCCGGGACCAAUUUACACUGUUAGGGCCAAAUAAAAGUGGAUUCAUCUCUAUGCAGAACUUCAAGACGGGUGUAAUAAGGAACUCAACUGAUGCCAUGAAAGAUUCACGGGUUCUAGAUUAUGUCAACAUGAUCAGCUCUAUCCGAUAUAGAAAGCUGGAUUUUGAAGAAUUUUGUGCAGCUGCCAUAAGUGUGCAUCAGCUGGAAGGGAUGGAGAGCUGGGAGCAACAUGCAAGACGAGCAUAUGAGCUGUUUGAGAAGGAUGGAAACAGACCAAUUAUGAUAGAGGAACUUGCCUCGGAAUUGGGGCUUAGCCCAUCUGUACCAGUUCACGUUGUUCUCCAGGACUGGAUUAGACACUCGGAUGGAAAACUUAGUUUUCUGGGUUUUGAUACCUCCAUCCUUACUCUCGAGGACUUGGAAUGCCCCAAGGGAGCAAAAUGUGUGCUUAAUUGGAGAACUUCAUUUUGUUUUGGUCCCUAG